AUGAGCCUUUUCAAGAACAAACUCGCGGUUGUCGCCGCUCUGGUUGGCUCUUGCUACGCCGACUGGCAGUACGCUUCCCGCCCGGAUCUCGCUCCUCCCAAAUUGAAUAUUACAAUUCCUGCGGCGGAUGAUGUGUCUCCAGGCUACAUCUUCGUGGGUCCCUACCCUGGCUUUGACGGUGUUCGUGCAGGGCCUGAACAAGCUGCUGCCUACAUUUUCGCCAACGAUGGCGAUCUGGUUUGGUCGAGUCUGGGUUACUAUGCUGGCUGGGUGGGAAACUUCCAGGCCGUGCAGUACCAAGGAAAGCCGGUGUUGCAAGCUUUUCAAGGCUAUCUCGAUCCUUUCCACGGCCAUGGUUACGGUACACCACUGUUGUUGGAUGACCAUUAUCGGCCCGUCGCUCUCGUGGAAAGUCUCAACCAUCGCCUCAUCUCGAUACAUGAAUUCAAGAUUGUCAACGAAAAGACUGCCUUGGUCGAGAUUUACCAACCAACCGCAAUUGACUUGACUCCAUACGGCGGGACUGGAGAGGAAAAUUGGAUUGCGGACGGCAUUUUUCAAGAGUUCGACAUUGCCACUGGUAAACUGAUUUUUGAGGGACACACUCUGGACUGGGCAUCACCUGCUGACAGCGUCAUCCCGAUUCGUUCCGGGCGGGCGUUUACUGGAGUAAAUGCUAGUGACGCCUGGGACUAUUUCCACAUCAACAGCGUAGAUAAAAACAACGAUGGGGACUAUCUCAUCUCGGGCCGCCACAUGAGUGCAUUAUACAAAGUCAACGGCUCAGAUGGCUCUCUCAUCUGGCAGUUAGGUGGCCACAAGUCGACAUUUGACCUCCCCAAAGGACUGGACUUUGGUUACCAACAUGAUGCCCGCUUCCUCAACAGCUCCAGCGACGGCAUGAUCGAGACAAUUUCAUUUUUUGACAACUCGGCUCGUUCAGACCGUCAGAGAGCGGGCGGUGUUGACCGCCUCCACCCUCACUCACGCGCUCGGAUCGUUCAGCUCAACAACACGGACAACACGGCCAAGGAGGUGAAGACGUUCACACCCCCGGAUAUGCUCUCUGUUCCCUCCCAGGGUAAUGUCCAGGUACUCCAAAAUGAAAACGUCUUUGUCAACUGGGGCCAGGAAGGUGCUGUGACCGAGUUUCGUCCUGAUGGGACACCCAUUUUCCACGCCUACCUCGACUCUGGCGCUCUAGCACCGGGUGUUCAAAGCUAUCGCGGCUUCCGUUACGAGUGGACAGGUUUCUCAUCUGAGACGCCCGCUAUAGUUGCCCUUACGGAGAACAAGGACACGACGAUUUACGUCAGCUGGAAUGGCGACACGGUUACCAAAGCUUGGCAAUUUUAUUACCAAUGUGUUGGAGGAGCUAAUUCCCGGGUCCUCGGGGCCCUAUCCCUGGGGGAGGUUGACAGGAAGUCGUUUGAGACAAAACUAACAGUACCUAGUCAUAAGAUACAGUGCAGUGGCGAAGGUAGCGGUGUGUACGCAAAGGCCCUUGACAAAUCUGGCAACGUCCUUUCAACCAGUACUGUCGUGGACAUUCGGGGUGUGGCGGGGAUCCCAAAGCCCCUUGAUGACACACAAGACAAUUCAGUCGACCAAAUCGCUCUAUUUACAUCUGAACUAUAA